AUGGCGCUACCAGACCAUUCCCAAGGACCCGGCUGCGACACCUCAGCUACAGGCAUGUAUCGAGCUUCGCCUGCCAAGUUGAUGGUAUAUGGGAACGGUACUACAAGUCAAUUGAAAGAUGUGAUAGAACAACUGGGAUGUACGAAGGCAUUUGUCGUUACUGGGCGAUCACUCUACGAGAAGACACCCGUAAUUAAGAACGUCGAAAGCCAGUUGGGUUACAUGCAUGGAGGAACCUUCUACAAGAUCGGGCAACACGCACCCAUCCAACUAAUUCGAGAAGCAACUGCCAUGAUGUCGAAAUCAAGCUGCGAUAUACUCGUUGCUGUGGGAGGCGGCUCCCCAAUUGAUUCGGCAAAAGCUAUUGCCCAUAAUAUCCACAAAGAGACUGGAAGGUGGAUACCCACCAUUGCUGUGCCGACAACUCUCAGUGUUGCGGAGACAACCCAGAACGCUGGAUACACUACUGAUGAGGGGCAUAAGAUAGCAGUGAGCGAUCCUGAGCAAGUACCGAAAGCUGUUAUCUACGAUGGUGAAAACGCUGUGCAUACGCCGAUGAACCUGUGGCUGAGCACAGGAAUGCGAGCGCUGGACCAUGCCGUCGAACUCAUGUACCAUCCCCUCGCGUCCGAGGUGCCAACAAAGCGGCUGUGCCUCGAAGCCAUCAAAGACCUAUUCACGUAUCUUCCACAAUCGAAAGCCAACCCUGACAAUUCGGAGGUCCGUACGAAGCUUUUUCUCGCAUGUUACGCUUCCCUCUUUCCGUUCUUGUUCAGCGGUGGUGUGGGCCUCAGCCACAGCAUAGGCCAUGCGAUUGGAGCCACCUACGCCAUUCCGCACGGCAUUACAAGCUGUCUGAGUCUCGCACCAGUCGUGCGUUUGAAGGCGAACAAUCCCAGCGAAGCAAAGCAGAUUGCCCGAAUCUUGCCCUAUAUCAACAAGCAAAGUACGGGCGAUAGCAGCAAGGAUGCACGGGUGGUCGCGGACUCAAUUGCUGAACUGGUUGAGCAACUAGGUCUCAAGACUACAUUGACGGCUUACAAUGUGCCCACUGGCAAAGAUGAAGAGGACGCUAUCGCAGCUCGAGCUCUGCACGGCAACAAGGACCACAAAGACUUCACUAACUUGAAACUGAUCAUCCAGAGCCUGUACUGA